UACUACAUCCCUUUACCAAUCAAUACAUCAUAAUGAUGCUCAAGACUGCACAGAAUCGACCUGUUCUGUCACGCAGCCUUAACCCCUACUCGUUGCGCUAUUUAUAUAACAUAGGUGAAUGUAGAGGCCGCAGGGGAUUUUCAGUGACUCGGACAUUUCCUCUUUUUUCGCGUCAUGCCAUCCCCAGCGCCUUCCAAAGAGAGACAACUUCACCUAGAGAAUGUCUCGUCUCCUACAGACCUGGAAAGCCAAGCGCCACGCGUUGCCGAUGGUGACGCGGCCCUAGCCAUCCUGGGUGAUAAAACUGUUCACAAAGAAAUCACGCCCGAAGAGAAUAAACGAGUACUCCGAAAGAUCGACUGGUGGCUCAUGCCUGUCAUUCUUCUUGUGUACUUUUUGCAGCAACUGGACAAAUCUUCGCUUUCUUACACUUCGGUAUUUGGGAUUGUUGCUGAAACAGGACUGGUCGGAAGGCAGUACAGCUGGCUCAGCAGCAUUGUAUACAUAGCUCAGUUAGUAUGGCAGCCCGCUUCUUCGUACUUCUUGGUCAAGCUGCCGAUUGCCAAAUAUCUUUUCGUUAACGUUUUCUUGUGGGGAGCAGCAGUUGCGUGUACUGCGGCGGCGCACGAUUUUAAGGGCCUCCUCGCAGGUCGGUUUUUCUUGGGUAUAUUCGAAGCUACAGUCGCGCCCUGCUUCAUGACGAUCACUCAAAUGUGGUGGCGCCGACGCCAGCAAACGAUGAGAUUGUCCAUGUGGAUGGCCAUGAAUGGAGGAACCGGAAUGGUCGGUUCUUUGCUUUCAUGGGGUCUUGGGCACAUCGGCGGAAAAUUGCAUACAUACCAGACUAUCUUUCUUUUUAUUGGUCUCUUGACCUUAGUCUGCUCCCCCGUUGUGUUAUUUGUUCUCCCAGACUCGCCAACAAAAGCUCGGUUCCUUAAUCAAGAAGAGAAAGUCAUUGCAAUCGAGCGUCUUCGAGCCAACAACCAGGGUACCGAGACCAAGGUUUGGAAAUGGGGACAAGUGCUGGAGGUAUUUCUCGACCUCAAGACGUACUUGUGGUUUUCCCUGCUCUUCCUUUGCGCCUUCUCAUAUGUAACUUCAGAGGGUUUCGGCUUUGACAGUUUCAACACCAUUCUAUUUAAUAUUCCCUUCAACGCAUUGCAAGUUAUCGUCACCUUAUUGGCUGCGGAAAUUUCGACGCGACUUAGACUGAAAUGGCCUGUAGUUUUCGCUUUGACACUGCCCCCCAUUGCAGGUGCUUCGGCGCUCUAUACACUGGGACGGGGGGUCGAAUAUCGAAAUUCUCUAUUGGGAUGUUAUUAUGUCCUCUCCUUCUUCACCGCUCUUCAACCGAUGUUAUAUACCUGGAGCUCGCAGAAUACUGCUGGUCACACCAAGAAGCUAUGUAACACAGGUAUAAUCUUCGUAGCACAGUGCGCCGGAAAUAUUGUCGGUCCCCUUUUGUAUACCACAGACCAGAAGCCCUACUAUCAUAGGGGACUUAUUGCCAAGUGCGUCGUCAUAGUUCUCAAAAUGAGCACAUGGUACUUUGCUAAUUCUUGUGAUAGUAUUAUUUGCUGGAUAUUGCUUUCAGUUCUGACCUUGAUAACUGCUGCCUAUCUUGCGUUCCUUAACCGAGGACAGGCCGCAAAACGUCGUCAGAUGGGAAAAGCAGAGAAUGUGACGGACAAGUCUUUGCAGAAAAACGACGAGUACGAUGUCAAUGAGGACAAUGAGGGAGAGGCCAGGAAUGACAAGUCUUGACGACCUGACGGAUAGACAAAACGAAGAUUUUAUCUAUGUCUUAUGAAUUUGGAUCACGCAUGUAUUCUAACGAUAGGGCGCCUUGUGUUUUGGAGACCCAAAGCUUGACACGGCUUAAAGAUAACGUUAAUAUCUGCAAG